CCAGCGCAGAAAGUCUCUCUUUCACCCGAUUCUUCCCAACCUAAAAAGCUCCUAAAUCACACACCAAUAAAACCCUUUUCCCCUGAAAGCUAAAACCCUACACUUGGACGCCCUCAAUCUUCCGCCCCUACAUCCCCGGCGAUAAUGGAAGGCGUCGAAAUGGAGGCUGCGCCACCAUUACAUGACUCAAACGAGGACUUCUGCUCCGCCGUACUCUCCCAGUUCAGCAAUUCAAACAACGAGCACCACCUCCACACCUGCGCCGCCAUAGGCGCCAUGGCUCAGGAACUGGAAGACCAAAACCUCCCCCUCACCCCCAUCGCGUACUUUGGCGCCACGUGUUCCUCCAUCGACCGCCUCUCCUCAACCGCCGACUCCCCCGGCCACCUCCUGGACUCCCUAAUUACUAUUCUGAGUCUAGUUAUCGACAGACUUUCCCCAGCUGUGCUCAAGACGAAAUACGUUUAUCUAUCCGGGCUUCUAAUUCGGAUUCUUCGAGGGAAAUCGAUACAAGUUAAUGGCGUUGUGCCCGGGUUAAAGUGUUGUUCCCGAUUGCUGAUCGUGAGGGAGCAGGUGGGGUGGGCAGACGUUGCAGAGUUGUACAGCGUCCUCAUCAGUUACAUAACUGAUGAUCGGCUCAAGGUAAGAAAACAAUCACAUUCAUGUCUCCGUGAUGUCCUGGAGUAUUUUCAAUUAGUGCCAAUGCUUUCACCAUUGCUGGCACCUGCAAGUGAAGCCAUUACAAAUGUCUUUGAGAGGUUUCUUCUGCUUGCUGGAGGAUCAAGUGGAAAUGCUUCGGAAGGGUCCAGAGCAGCACAGGAAGUCCUUUACAUUCUGGAUGCUCUUAAAACCUGUGUUCCUUUUAUGUCUUCAAAAUCAUCGGCAAACAUCUUGAAGUACUACAAAUCUCUAUUGGAACUGAGACAUCCCAUUGUUACUAAACGCAUAACAGAUGGUCUCAGUGCCCUAUGUAUCCAUUCUACUGGAGAAAUUUCUGCAGAAGUCCUACUUGAUUUGUUAUGCUCUUUAGCUAUCUCAGUCUCGCGCGACGAGUCAUCUGCUGAUAGCAUGACAUUUACUGCUCGCUUGCUAGACACUGGGAUGAAAAGAGUUUAUUCUCUCAACAGACAAGUUUGUGUGGUCAAGCUUCCUGUUGUUUUCAAUGCGCUAAAAGAUGUGUUGGCUUCUGGACAUGAGGAGGCCUUGGUAGCUGCUGUGGCAACAUUUAAGAACUUAAUAAAUUCAUGUAUCGACGAUAGCUUGAUAAAACAGGGUGUCGAUCAGAUUUCAGUCAGUGCCAAUGCGGGCACAAGGAAAUCCGGACCCACAGUCAUAGAAAAAGUUUGUGUAACCAUUGAAAGCCUGCUCGGUUAUCAGUAUGAAGCCGUCUGGGAUAUGUCAUUCCAAAUUGUUUCGACCAUGUUUGACAAAUUAGGUAAACGUUCUUUUUACUUUAUGAAGGAAGCACUCAAGAGUUUAGCUGAUAUGCAGAAGUUGCCAGAUGGAGACUUUGCUUUCAGGAAGCAGUUGCACGAGUGUGUGGGAUCAGCUCUUGGAGCCAUGGGACCUGAGGACUUCUUGAAUAUUCUGCCUCUAAAUUUGGAAGAUCUAUCUGAGGGCAACCUUUGGCUUUUUCCAAUUCUGAAACAGUAUACUGUUGGUGCUCAUUUGAGUUUCUUUACCAAAUCAAUUUUACCCAUGGUUGGAGAAAUGAAGAGGAAGUCUGCAAUGCUCGAACAAGAAGGAAAAAUACAGUCAGCAAGGAGUGUUGAUGGGAUUGUGUACUCCUUGUGGUCACUGCUACCAUCAUUUUGCAACUAUCCUGUUGAUACUGCUGAAAGUUUCAAGGCUUUGGAGAGAGCACUAUGUACUGCCCUUCAAGACGAACCUGAUGUCCGUGGUAUAAUAUGCUCCAGCUUGCAGAUUCUUAUUCAGCAGAAUAAGAGAAUUCUGGAAGGAAACGAGAAUAGUCCUAAUAUUGAAGUAGGCAUACCAGAGAGAUGCGCUAUUGCCCUCUAUACUGCACAUGUUGCUGGCUCUAACUUGAGUAUAUUGAAAUCCUCUGCUCGGGAGUUAUUGUCUGUUCUUACAGGAGUCUACUUUAAGUCUUCUAAAGAUACUGCUGGCAUUUUGCAGUCUACAAUUGGAGAGCUUGCUUCAAUAUCGGAUAAGGAGGUGGUCACAUGGUUUUUCAAGAAAACCAUGCAGAAGCUUCUGAAGGUUACUCAAGAGGCUGGCAAAUCAAGAAGCUCCAAGAACUCAAAUCUCAUGCAGGUUGACAACUCAUCCCAUGAUGGAUCACUGUCAACAGCCAGGGGACAAUUAUUUGACCUUGCAGUUUCCUUUUUACCUGGCUUAGAUUCCAAGGAAAUUGAUCUUCUAUUUGUUGCUGUACAACCCGCACUGAAGGAUGUUGAUGGGUUGGUCCAGAAAAAGGCCUAUAGAGUACUGUCUUUGGUGUUUCAGUACUCUGAUGACUUUAUUUCAAGAAAAUUGGAAGAGGUGCUCAGUUUGAUGAUUGAGGUGCUGCCAUCAUGUCAUUUUUCUGCUAAACGUCACAGACUCAACUGUUUAUACUUCUUGAUCAUCCACGUUUCUAAGGAAGGGUCCGAACAGAGGAGGCACGACAUCACUGCCUCUUUCCUUACUGAAAUUAUACUAGCCCUAAAAGAGGCUAACAAGAAAACAAGAAAUAGAGCAUAUGAUAUUCUCGUCCAGAUUGGUCAUGCAUGUGGAGAUGAGGAGAAAGGCGGCGAGAAGGAGAAACUACACCAAUUUUUUAAUAUGGUUGCUGGGGGCUUGGCAGGUGAAACCCCUCAUAUGAUUAGUGCUGCAAUGACAGGCUUAGCUCGCUUAGCUUAUGAGUUCUCGGAUCUUAUUUCCGCGGCUUACAAUGUUCUUCCAUCCACAUUUCUCCUCCUCCAAAGAAAGAAUAAAGAAAUAAUUAAGGCUAAUUUAGGUCUUCUGAAGGUAUUGGUGGCCAAAUCACAAACAGAAGGUCUACAAACACACUUACGAAGCAUGGUGGAAGGGUUGCUGAACUGGCAAGAUAGCACCAGAAACCAUUUCAAAGCAAAAGUUAAAAUGCUUCUUGAAAUGCUGGUGAAGAAAUGUGGCCUUGAUGCUGUGAAGGAAGUCAUGCCGGAAGAGCAUAUGAAACUCCUAACUAACAUAAGAAAGCUCAAGGAGCGGAAAGAGAGGAAACAGGCUGCUAAAUCUGUAGAAGACAGGUCCAUUCUAUCAAGAGCAACUACAUCCAGGAUAAGUAGAUGGAAUCAUACAAAAAUAUUUUCUGAUUUUGAUGAUGGGGAAAUGAGGAACAGUGAUGGUGAAUUGGUGGAUGAGAAAAGUAUUUCUAGCCGGCAGAGCAACUAUUCCUCAGUGUUACAAUCCAAAGCAUCUUUGUUACGCAUGACCAGGUCGAAGAAAUCCCGUAAGGCAGCAAAGAGCUUGCAAGAAGACUCAUUUGACCAAUUGGAUGAUGAGCCUCUUGACUUGCUUGAUCGGCAGAAAACAAGGUCUGCACUUCGAUCGUCACAGCUGGUAAAUAGGAAGUCUGAUUCAGAUGAGGAACCAGAGAUGGACGCUGAUGGGCGUCUGAUUAUUCACGAGGAUGCUAAGAGAAAAAGGGCCGAUAGGAAACAGAAGCGAGAGGUGCCCUCGGACACUGAGGUAGAUGGAAGAAGUGAAGCUGGAAGUCACUUGUCUGCAAACUCAAAGAAAACUCAAAAGCGCAUGAAGACAUCAGAGAGUGGGUGGGCUUACAUGGGCAAGGAGUAUGCAAGUAAGAAGGCAAGUGGUGACGUGAAGAGAAAGGACAAGCUCGAACCUUAUGCAUAUUGGCCACUUGACCGUAAAAUGGUGAGCCGAAGGCCAGAGCAUAGAGCAGCUGCGAGAAAAGGCAUGGCAAGUGUUGUGAAGCUAACAAAGAAGCUGGAAGGAAAAAGCGCCUCACAUGCCCUUUCCAUGAAGGGAGUAAUGUUGAAAAAGAGCAAAAAGAAAGGCAGCCAAAAGAAAACAUGAAUGGCUAUUGACGUUUUGUGUCUGCUGAACUUGUAUUUGGUCAUUCAAUUUUUCUAGAUUUGCUUUUUGGGUUUAUUUCUAGUGCAAGUUCGCAAAGAAGACCUGGCAGUGCAUGAAAGAUUGUAUGAGUUGCAUGUCCCGGCAGUGCUUGAAAGAAGACCCCCCAUUGGCACCUAGGAAUUUGAAAUUAAAAUGAGUUAUAUAUUUUUCCAAUGUAUAUAGAUGAAAAAUCAAGUCUAUAUAAACAAGCUUGAUUCUACUUCUUAUCACUUAAUUUUUGUACCUUGAGUGAUAUGACUUUGAGAAUUAUCAAGAAAAUUGAAGCAUGAAAUGUUAUUAGAACUUAUUGUUAGUUA